AUGGCAGAGCUCACCCAGGAUGAAUUAGACCAAUAUCUGGACUUUGUGAUCUUCUACUACGACAGCAAGCAACUCCAGUCAGACUGUGGUAAAAACUUUGUUGGAGCCUGCAAGGAGCUGGGAUUAAGAAAGGACAAACCACAGGGAGAGUGCAUCCCAGAGUUUGUGAAAGCAGAGGACCAGCCUGGAUGUUUGGAAGAUUUGGAAAGCAUUGCGGUGCUCGAGGGGGAGUCAUGGCUCUUUGUGCACCCUUUUGUAAUCAAUGCCAACUUCAGUGACGAAGAAUUCUCCUGGUACAGAAAUGACUCCGAGAUCCAUUACAUCAGCUCCUCUGAGGAAGAACGGAUCCAUCACCAUGGACCCGUGCUGUUUUUGCUCAACCUCACUCUGGAUGACUCCAGUCUCUACACCACCAGGUGGGAUACACCAUCGGGAAGGUAUUACAACUUAUGCAUAAAUGUGAGCGUUUUCCCGGCCAACAACCCUUGGGACCCUGAACUCCUCUAUUUCGAGAUUAAGAUCCCUGACGAGAACCCUGGUAUAUUAUGCCCAGAUGGUGUUUCACUUAUAUGCAAUGACAUGAAAGGAGAAAUCACCUGGUACAAGAACCUCACUCUUCUUCCAGGCGAGCAUGAGAAAACCCUGCGAUUGAAUGGUGCCACCAAGGAAGAUGAGGCCAUCUACACAUGCAUGUGCACUUGGAGACACAACAACCACACAUACAACUCUACUGUCUCUCGUUGGCUUCGUUUAGAAGAGCCCUCUUCCCACCAGCCACCACACAUCUUCUACCCCAUCCACAACGUUCACAUCGCUGACCAAGGCUCCAAUACAAAGCUGAAUUGCUCUGUGUUUUGCGGGGUGAACGCUGAUGGCACCUGUUCUGUUCAAUGGUUGAUGAACGGGCAGGAAAUCUUUAAGGAAGAUGGAUACAAUGUGAACGUCAGCAGUGUCACAGAUAAUAAGUCAAGGCAGACCAUCUCCACUGCUGUUUUGACCAUUGAAAAGGUUUCCGCUCAAGACUUCAAGGCCAAGUUUAAGUGCAUCAUUUACAGCAGCCACCCAACGCUGGAGUUUGAGUUAACACUCGAGCAAAGAGCCACCAUGACUCCACACAUCAUCAAAGGAGUGUGUGUUGUGCUGCUGUGUCUGUUGCUAGCUGCAACCAUCAAGUACUUCACUGUCGACCUCGCUCUCCUCUUCAGACAGUUACUGAGCUCCAGCCAUCACCAUGAUGAUGGGAAGGAGUACGAUGCCUACGUCAUCUACCAGGCGCAGAGGGGCAACAUGGCCAUGGAGAAAACCCUCAGUCACUUUGUCAUUGACAUUCUGCCCUCAGUUCUGGAGAAGACGUGUGGCUUCAGACUCUUCAUCCAUGACAGGGAUGAGUUACCCGGGGAAGAUCGCCUGGAGCUGGUGGAGAUGCGCAUGAGGCUGAGCAGGAGGCUGAUGGUCAUACUCACCGCGGGGCCGGAGCCGGGGUCAGAUGACACAGAGCAGUACAAAGCCUCCCCAAAACACCUCGUGGUUGGCGGCUAUGAUUGGCAGGUGGGGCUCCAUCAGGCGCUGAUCCAGAGAGAAAUGAGUGUUAUUCUUAUCCAGCUGGAAGACAUGGGGCCGCAAGGAUACACACACCUGCCUGUUGGCUUGCAGCACCUGGUGCGCACGAUUGCUCCUCUCAGGUGGCGGGAGGGCUCGCGAGGCGCUGCGGCUUCAAACUCCAGGUUCUGGAAGAGAGUACGCUACAUGAUGCCUGUCACACCCUCCAAAAACAAAUGUUCAAAUCUCGGUUCAUAA